GCGCGCAGGUUCUCGAUAGCUGCUAGCUGCUAUGCUAGUUAAACGGUGAAGCAGGCAGGCAGUGGUUGAUUUGACCACCACUGUUGUUCAAAACCUUUGAUAAUGAGUUCCUCAGACGAAAAAUGUAAAGGCACAAAACGACCCGCAUCUCCAGAUGAAACAGGAUCCACAAAAUGGACAUCGGCAGAUUUAGGGACAGACGAAAGGAAGCAGAAGUUUUUGAGGCUGAUGGGAGCAGGAAAGAAAGAGCACACUGGACGCCUUGUUAUUGGGGAUCACAAGUCAACUUCCCAUUUCCGCAGCGGGUCAGAGGAUCAGAAGAUUAACGCAGAGCUUGAACACCAGUACCGACAGGGUCUGGAUGGGAAGAUGUCAGGGAGAAACAGGAGACACUGCGGCCUGGGCUUUAGUGAGCCCGAUCCACCCGCUGCGAGUCCGAGCGCUGCUGUGCCCGAGGAGUCGGACAGUUCAGAAAAGACCAGUGAACAACCAUCAGAACCACACGAGGAAGAGAAAACACCUUCUAACACAGAGCUCAAGAAACAGGAGGAGCACACAGACUCAGAGGACAAGAAAAAAACUUUUAAAAUGGCAUUUGUAAAAGCCACAUAAAUGGCUUUUUUGUUGGUGUUGUUUUUUUUUGCAAUUUUUUG